AUGGCUCAUACUCUUGACAUGAGCUCGUUCUCCUGGGACGCUAAGAACGUCGGGGUACGAGAAUUCUACUCGGACAAGAAAUAUCGCCUGGUCGCUGUCACAUCUCGUAACGACAAGGAGGUAGAACGGACCAAAGUUUUCCUCGAACGAAAAAUCCACGGCAGUGUCCCAGUCGACGUAGUCAUCACCUUUGCGCGUAUCGAAAUUGAAGGCAAAAAGUACUUCGUCCUGACACGACAGUGGCGCGAAGCCACACGCAAGUAUUCUAUUGCCUCUCCGGCGGGAGUCUACGACGAGCAGGACGAGAACCCUAUCACGGCAGGCCUCCGCGAGCUGAACGAGGAGACGCCCUUCACAGCUACAGAGGACGAUGUACGCGCCACAAGUUGCCUAUCAUUCUCCUCGGAUGGCUGCCUAAGCGAGACAUUUCAGGUCUUGUUUGUUGAUGUCAAACCCAAAGAUGACAACGUGACAUUUGAGAGCGGUAUCGUCAGCGGAAUCACCAAUCAGAAUAGUGGAGAGAAUAUCACGACUUUCUACGUUCCAGCAGACAAAUUAUAUGAGAGUUUGGUCCAGCUCCAGGAGUGGGGUCACUCCAUUGACGGCCGCCUGAUGAUGUGGGCUUGGGGCCGCCAACUGGCGAAGAUGGGGUAG